AUGGCGGCGCUGGCGCGGUGGACGCGAGCCGCGCUGCGGCCGGGGGGUGAGCGGUGGUACCGGACACUGUGCGGAGCCGCCGCCGCCCCCCCCCCCCCGCUCCCCCCGCCCCCUCCGCCCCCUCCCCGCUCCCCCGGCGGGGGCCGGGUGCUGGCGGCGGCGCUGGGCGCGGGGACGGCGGCGCUGCUGCUGCUGUGGGCCCGGCGGGGGGAGCGGCCCCGGUCCGUGCUGCCCGCGGUGUGCGCUGCCGUCCCCGCGCCGCCGCCGGCCUCGCCCCGCGCCGCCUUCAACUUCAUCGCUGACGUGGUGGAGAAGACGGCGCCAGCGCUGGUCUAUGUGGAGAUCGUGGGCAGGCAUCCCUUUUUGGGCCGCGAGGUGCCCAUCUCCAAUGGCUCUGGCUUCCUGGUGUCUCCGGACGGGCUCAUCGUGACCAACGCGCACGUGGUGGCGAACCGGCGGCGCGUGCGGGUGAAGCUGGCGAGCGGGGAGCAGUACGAUGCCGUGGUGCAGGACGUGGACCAGGUCGCAGACAUCGCUACCAUCAAGAUCAAGCCGAAGGUGCUCAUCCUGCUUCUGGAGAUGCUCCCUCUGUCCCUCCCACCCGCUCACCGCCCUCCUCUCUUGCAGCACCCGCUGCCCACGCUGCCCCUUGGGCGCUCCUCCGAGGUGCGGCAGGGAGAGUUCGUGGUGGCCAUGGGCAGCCCCUUCGCCCUGCAGAACACCAUCACCUCAGGCAUCGUCAGCUCUGCGCAGCGGGGCAGCCGGGAGCUGGGCCUUGCCGCCUCUGACAUGGAGUACAUCCAGACAGACGCUGCCAUUGAUUUCGGGAACUCCGGGGGCCCCCUCGUCAACUUGGACGGUGAAGUGAUUGGGGUGAACACCAUGAAGGUGACAUCAGGCAUCUCCUUUGCCAUCCCCUCUGACCGGCUGCGGAAGUUCCUGGAAAAGGAGGAGCACCGUAAAAGCUCUUGGUUUGGCAGCACAGAGACAAGGCGCCGCUACAUCGGGGUGAUGAUGCUGACUCUUACACCCAGCAUCCUGGCUGAGCUGAAGCUGCGUGACCCCAGCUUCCCAGACGUCUCCUAUGGAGUGCUAAUCCACAAGGUGAUCAUCGGCUCUCCAGCCCAUCAGGCCGGGGUGAAGGCGGGUGACGUGGUGCUGGAGAUCAAUGGGCAGGCAUCGCGCCGCGCUGAGGACGUGUAUGAGGCGGUGAGGACACAGCAGAGCCUGACCCUGCUGCUGCGGCGCGGCCACGACACGCUGCUGCUGAGCGUCAUCCCCGAGGCCACCGAGUAACGGAGCUGCUGUGUGGGGCAGGACGUGCAGGACUGAGCCGUGUCCAUGAGCUGGGCAUGGACAUGCUGAGACCUUGUGGGGACUGGAGAGCGCCCGGCCCGGUGCCGGGGUGGACUCAUGGAGCAGCCCUUCCCUCUGUACUCAAAUAAAGCACUUUUAUAGGGA